AUGAACACUCAACAGUUGGAGCAGAUGGGCCAGUUCAAGAUCACCAUGUGGGAGGAGGAGAACUUCCAGGGAAAGCGCUGCGAGUUCCUGCUCGAGUGCCAGAACAUCAUGGAGAGAGGCUUCAACAAGAUCCGCUCCAUCAAGGUCGAAAACGGACCCUGGGUGGGUUACGAGUACCCCGAGUUCCAGGGGCAGCAGUUUAUCCUGGAGAAGGGCGACUAUCCUCGCUACGAGGCCUGGAGCGGAAACAGCAGCUACAGAACCGAGCACAUUCUUUCCUUCAGACCCAUCAAGUGCGCUAACCACAGUGACAGCAAGGUGACUCUGUACGAGAGCGAGGACUUCCAGGGCCGUAAGUUUGAGCUGUGCGACGACUACCCGUCUCUACAGGCCAUGGGUUGGUUAACCAAAGAGGUGCCUUCUAUCAAAGUGAACUCCGGAGCCUGGGUGGCGUACCAGUUCCCCGGUUACCGAGGCUACCAGUACAUCCUGGAGCGAGACAGACACCAAGGUGAAUACAGAAACUACAACGAGUACAGCACCCAGGCUCACACCAACCAGGUGCAGUCCAUCCGGAGGAUCCAGCACUAG